AUGAUAAAGUCACCAUCUGACAAACAUCUGGAAGGUUUGUGCUUUGACCUUCAGAGGUUCUCAAGGUCCAGGAAGGUGGAAGAGGAUGAAUAUGAAGAUUCAUCAUCAAACCAAAAGUGGGUCUUGGCUCCAAAAUCCCAAGACACUGAUGUGACUCUUAUCCUCAACAAGUUGUUAAGAGAAUAUGAUAAAAAGCUGAGGCCGGAUAUUGGAAUAAAACCAACUGUGAUUGAUGUGGACAUCUAUGUUAACAGCAUUGGUCCUGUGUCAUCAAUAAACAUGGAAUACCAAAUUGAUAUAUUUUUUGCUCAGACCUGGACAGACAGUCGCCUUCGAUUCAAUAGUACAAUGAAAAUACUCACUCUGAAUAGCAACAUGGUGGGAUUAAUAUGGAUUCCAGAUACAAUCUUCCGCAAUUCUAAAACUGCAGAGGCUCACUGGAUCACCACCCCCAAUCAGCUCCUCAGAAUUUGGAAUGAUGGGAAAAUCCUCUAUACUUUAAGGCUCACCAUAAAUGCAGAGUGCCAGCUACAGCUGCACAACUUCCCCAUGGAUGAGCAUUCCUGCCCACUGAUUUUCUCCAGCUAUGGCUAUCCCAAAGAAGAAAUGAUUUACAGAUGGAGAAAAAAUUCAGUUGAGGCAGCUGAUCAGAAAUCCUGGCGGCUUUAUCAGUUUGACUUUAUGGGCCUCAGAAACACUUCAGAAAUUGUAACAACAUCUGCAGGUGAUUAUGUUGUUAUGACUAUAUAUUUCGAAUUGAGUAGAAGAAUGGGAUACUUCACUAUUCAAACAUACAUUCCCUGUAUACUGACUGUGGUUUUAUCCUGGGUGUCAUUUUGGAUCAAAAAAGAUGCUACACCAGCAAGAACAGCAUUAGGCAUCACCACAGUCCUGACCAUGACCACACUCAGCACCAUUGCCAGGAAUUCCUUGCCCCGUGUGUCCUAUGUGACAGCCAUGGACCUCUUUGUGACUGUUUGCUUCUUAUUUGUCUUUGCUGCUCUGAUGGAGUACGCCACCCUCAACUAUUAUUCAAGUUGUAGAAAACCAACUACCACUAAGAAGAAAACAUCGUUAUUGAAUCCAGAUUCCUCAAGAUGGAUUCAUGAGCGAAUAAGCCUUCAAGCCCCUUCCAACUAUUCUCUCCUUGACAUGAGGCCACCACCACCUGCAAUGAUCACUUUAAACAAUUCUGUGUACUGGCAGGAAUUUGAAGAUACCUGUGUCUAUGAGUGUCUGGAUGGCAAAGACUGUCAGAGCUUCUUCUGCUGUUAUGAAGAAUGCAAAGCUGGAUCUUGGAGAAAGGGGCGUAUUCACAUAGACAUCUUGGAGCUGGACUCAUAUUCUCGGGUCUUUUUCCCUACAUCAUUCCUGCUCUUCAACUUGGUCUAUUGGGUUGGAUACCUGUAUCUCUAAAUGUUGCUGUGGUGAUGAGGAAAGAGCACUAUGUUUUACUCUUUACUCUCGCCCUCCCUAGACUAGUGGUGACAAACUGGAGUAGGAAGGAAAACACUGCUCAGUUUAUCUGAAGUUAUACAUUACCUUUGAGCGGUGCAAGAGUACACGGCAACAAUUUCUAUUAUGUAUUUCACACUCACACACAAGCAGGCACGCACACGUUAAUUGAGUUCUAAAGUGAUAUUCUUGCUAAUCCCUUAUUGAAUCUGUACCUUGGUGAUGUUUAUGACUGGUUUUUGGAUAUUGGAAACAGUUGCCAAUUGUCAUUGCAAGGAAAUCUAUAAAACAUGCAAGCAAAUAUCUGAGAAGCUCUCUUAGGUAAGACCCCUUUUAUAUCUUGCCUAACCAACUUUUAGGAGCACCAGUGCCCACGUGUAUGGAGUCACUGUUUGCUGGGAUACACUCGUGCUAACCCCAGCCCCGUGUUCCUGGGCAGUCUGAGUUCAAGUAUGAACUGCAGUGAGUUUUGACCCGAGUUCCUCUCUCUGUGGCCUAUUUUACUCUGGCACUAUCAUUGUUAGCUAGCAUUUCUUUAGUAAUCUCACCCUAGGUUUGGGAAAGGUGUACAUGCAUCAUCCAACAAGUUUCCAGUUGAGAAAAAAAUAUUAUUUGCAAAAUUCUCAUGUUGCUGAAGUCAAUGAUACUGAUUAUCUCUGAACAUCAGAAGGUUAUUACUUUAUUCCAAACUACUAAAGUCAGCAGUAUUUUAAAUUUGCAUUCUUGGAUUAGUUCAGUUGGAGUUCAACGUUUUACCUUAAGAGUUGUGUUUUACUAGACCAAAACACAACCCCAGAAUGCGGGUCUUGUGUAAGUUAUACUCUUACAGGUUCAGUGAUUAUCUUCAUUUUGCAAAGACAAGUGUACAGCACUCAUAAGCCUUUGUCUUGAAAACGUUUCCCAAAAUGUGAAAGAAACAUAUAUGGAAUUUAAAAUUUUCUUAGUGAAUAUUAACUUUCAAGUCAAAUCAACUUUAGAUGCAAAA